AUGCGAGAGUUACCCCGACUAUUUUUGACAGCAAAACCUGGUCAAAAUCCCGACGUCGAAACGCUCCUCCAGAUAGGUUUACUGAAUCAACGUUUCAUUCGAACGAACUUCGGUAUCCCAAUCGAAACGGGCAAGGAUGAUGAAAUUCCGUUGUACGACUUCAUCAUGGAAUUCGAUGUUGAAGAUAUCAGGUCAUCGUAUAUCUCACUCUUGACCUCAAUUAUCUUUGAAAUGGGCAACGAAACCUAUUUCCAACUAGUCCAUCAACGACCAGCCAUCGGACGCCAAUUCACGGCAUUCAAUCUCGCAACCACAAACAUGCUCUACACAGAGUUUCGGCUAAAUGGCUGGUGCCCAGCAGACUUGGUUACUGUAUUUCAGCGCUUCAACACGUCUUGCUUUUAUUUCCUUCUCAACAUGACCAAUCCUCAACCUGCUGUGGAUCACUUGGAUCCACUAGCUGUUGAGGCUACGACCACUCGACAGACACUUCAGACCACGCCUUCAGAACCCGUUGAUCACACACAAGAAACACAAGUCUUGAUACAAGGCCAAAACAGUCAUCCACAGGACGAGGGCCGCCUUUGCACCCCACAAAGAUGCAAAGCGAGGGUACUUGAUGAUGACACAUACAAAACCAAGCACGCGACCUUGGACUGCUGCUGUGAAUUUGUCAAGGCCGAUACAUCAAAACUUUGUGAGAUACUGCAAAAGGGAAGAAUUCCUCUCAUUGAAUCAGUGGAUCCAGAUGAUGAUCAAGCGGAAAUUGAAUUGAUCGAGGCAAAGCCUGGAACCAAGUAUGUUGCCAUUUCACAUGUCUGGUCGGACGGCUUGGGCAACACCUCGGAGAAUGCCAUACCCAGAUGCCAGCUUCGGAGACUAAGCCAGUAUGUACGAGACAUCAGAAGCAAUCACGGAUGUUAUGUUUACUUUUGGUUGGACACUAUUUGCAUUCCACCAGACAAGACUUGUGGAUGCAAGUGCGUUUCGGUCGAGUCAUGCGCCCCCUGCUGGGGGCGUCAACUCGAAGCUGCGCAAAACAUAUCUCUUGGGCUGAUGCGAAAGACAUACGAAGACGCAGACGUGGUUCUGGUUCUUGACUCUUGGAUCUUGGAAACCACGUGUGAAGGAAAGUCGCAUGUCGAAACCCUUCUAAGAAUCUUCACGUCAUCAUGGACUCGAAGGUUAUGGACAUAUCAGGAAGGCUUCCUGGCAAAGGUCCUCCACUUCCAGUUUUUAGAUCGGACUCUCAAUGUAGACGACGCCGUUGUUGAGCUACAGGAAUGCUCAGAUGUUAUUACCCGCCUCACGUUCUUGUCCCCAAUCUUGUCGGCAUACUGGGAGUUACGCCAUAGCACCCAGUCACAUCGACUCCUACGAGGCCGGUUCUGGAACCUGACUCUGCCUUUACCUGCUCUUACGAGUGAAGAGCUGGGCAUAGGAGAAUUCACCGUCCGAAACGAUGAGGGUUCCUGGAUAAUAGAAGCGUUUCACAAGAGGUACGGCAAGGAAGUUCCCGAUCUGAAAGACCAACGCGAGCAGAGUGAUGGAGAAAAACUUGCAAGAAGGCUCAUGACCGCCGCAUCAGCCGUUUAUCACCGGAGUACUAGCGUCAUAACUGAUGAACCACUUUGUCUUGGGGCCCUCCUUGACUUUGACGUCGCAAAACUGGCAGCUACGGAAGCUGAGUACAGAACUGAAAAGUUUUGGCAAAUGUUCCAGGUGAUCCCAAAACAGCUGUUAUUCCUAAGUGGGCCAAAGAUUGAUGUCCCAAAUUACCGGUGGGCACCUCUCAGUCUCCUUCGUACGAGCCAACCCAGGCUUGAACACAAUGAGCAAAAGAGUCAGCUUUCUUCAUGGUGGGACCGAGACCCAGAGUUCAUAAGGCGCUUAGACAACGGCCGCUUGGUUAUUCACACAACAGGUUUCAUUCUUCCCCUGGGAUCCAGGACCAUAGUAACAUCUCUCUAUUUGCGGUUACCACAAAGUGACAAGAUUUAUAUGUUGAAGUCGGAACGUUCAGACGCGUGUGAGCGCACCAACGAUUUCUCAAACGGCAUAAGUCCAAAAGGAGAUUACGGCUGCGAAGAGUUUGCCAUUCUUACUAAAUCAGCUGACCCAGAUAUCACCCGCAUUUCUGAUUGUAUACUGGUCGCUAUUCAACAUACCGGCGAUGAUGGUGUGUAUUGUCGAAGAAUAUGUACGGUCGACCUUAUCAGCUUGGACCCUGGGUCGCUCGAUGUUAAACAUGUCGAAAUGGCGGAAGAACUGUUGUUGCUCUUAUCGAGUGGUCUGCCAGGAAGCUAUACAGAACGAUCUGGAGUGGUAGGAGCAAUGGUGCUCCAAGAGACGAAGACCUCGAAUUGGUAUGUUGGUUGA